AUGUACGGCACACAAGGUGGACUGUUUGCUUUGGAUAAGGGAACUACCACAGCGUCAUUUAUUACCAAGGAUGGGGUGGUGGUGGCAGUUGACUCGCGGGCAACAUCUGGCUCAUACAUUGCCUCGCAGACAGUUAAUAAAGUCAUACAAGUGAAUAAGUACUUGCUGGGGACAAUGGCAGGAGGUGCUGCAGACUGUUUCUACUGGGAAAGAGCCAUGGGGAACUACGCCAUGCGGCACGAGCUGAAGUACGGGGAAAGGAUCCCUGUGGGGGGUGCUGCUAAAUACCUGUCUGCAACCCUUAACAAAUACAAAGGGAAAGGCCUCUCGAUUGGGAGCAUGGUCUGUGGCUGGGGAUCAUCUGGUCCUGCUAUAUAUUACGUAGAUGACUCUGGGAACUGCGUGGAGGGCAAGAUGUUCUCAGUGGGCUCUGGGUCACUCUUUGCCUACGGAAUACUUAACACGGGAUAUAGCUACGAGAUGGAGAAAGAAGAUGCGAUUGAACUGGCGAGGCGAGCGAUCUUCCAUGCGGGACACAGCGAUGCGUAUUCAGGUGGAACUGUUAGCAUAUACUUCAUAGACGAGAACGGAUGGACAAAGGUAGAUGCUCAGGAUAUAUCUUGCUUAUAUGAUAGGUAUAUGUAA